AUGUGCAAAUGGACCGACGAGUGGGGCUGGGAAGAGGAGUACUGUAUGCCAACAUCUUGGGAAUGUCCUGUGACCUGCACCGCGGACCAGAAGCGCUGCUAUUUGACCGACUUCAAUGCCUCAGGAUAUCCGGAGAAGUACUCUGAGAAGUGCGUGGCUCAGGCCCACUUCAAUCUAGGGCCUUCUGAAUCUGAGAUUUUGACCUGCACCUCUGACUGCUACGACCCCUGGUUCGAUGAGAACUAUUGCUAUCCGUUGGUGGAUUUCUGGUCAGGACAGAAGAUGAACUGCCCGGUCUACUGCCAAGACAACGAGGAUUACUGCUACAUCCCCAGUUAUGACGCACGUGGCGACUGGAUCUCCUUCACAGAGAUCUGUGUUCCGCAAGGCCAAGCCUGUGACUGUUCCAAGGGGCAAAAUGCGUUUGCUUGUACCUGGAACGAUCCGACGUGGGGCUCAUGGACUGAAUGCUUGCCCACCAGCGGCCCUAACUCUUACUGCCCCUCCGACUGUCCCACGGGCGAGGUGGCGUGUGAUCUGGUGGAAGACUACUUGCCGAACGGCACCUCUUUGGGCUUUGUGACUCCUUCUGUGAAGUGUGCCACCAGCCACGAAAAUUGCCCCUGUGGCAAAGAGGCGGAACGUUGCCCGAACACGGGCUGCAUCUUCAAGGACGAGGGCUGCCCAGUGACCUGUGGCGCCAACGAGAAGAAAUGCUACUUGUCCGACUACACGGGCAACGGAGAGUUCAUCAGAAACCAACAACUUCCUGAGGUUGCUGCUGAUGCCACUUGCCCCUGUGGCAAGAACACGGCCAAGUGCGCCAACACCGACUUGUGCUUGACGACAGCUGAAGCAGCCAUUGUGUGCCCCUGCAAGGCCCCUGGGCUUGCAGGCGAGGCCACUGGCUUUACAACUCAAUGCGUCAAGGAGGGCCAGUCCUGUCCGUGUGGCAAGAACACCUUGAGCUGCCCUGACCCGAAUGAUGCGUUGGCCAAGCUGUGCGCGCCCUCCUUCAACACGAAGAAAUGCCCCGAGCCCUGCACCGCCGAUGCCAUCGCCGCAGGAGAAUCCAUGCCACGAACCGCAGCGGGUUUCGCGGGGAGGUGUGAUGAGCUCUAA